AUGCCCGGAGCGCGCGGUGAAAGCGGGACUGCGCGUCUUCACGGUGAUCAGUUCUCGUUCACAUGCCUCAGGCUUUAUUUUACUGCUUUCACCCCAAACACAACAUGAUGUCACUUUCUGCUAUGGGCUCAGCAUCACAGACUAUCCUGCGCUUUUAGCACAGUUUUUAAUAUUUUUUCUUUGUGUGUCUUUAAUCUGAUUAACAAACGGAACCAGGAGCCUCAACUGCUUGUCUCCAGUGGAAGACGCAGCAGAAGGCGUUUUUUAGAGGCAUUAGAAACAAAAAUUACCAUUUUUUUUCUGACUGCUGAAGUGGAGAAUUUCCCCGAAAAAGAGCAGAUCAAAGAAACCAAACUGCGCUUGUGCCAAGGUGAGAGAGAGAAAAACAUGCUCGGCGGUGAAGGAGAAAGCAGCACAUUCUCUUCUCCAAAAGACGCAGCGGAGGAGAGGCGCAAGUCUCCGGCCGUGGAUGGAAACGACCCGGCAGCCGGCAACAGGUUCGCGGAGCACAGCAUGGGUUCUGACCGCUACUACAUCCCGUCCACCAUCUCCAAGCAAAGCGGAGAAACAGCGAACCCGUCUUCUUUCAUCCCGUACACCCCCAGUGGGACGGUGUACACCCCGUCCAGCGCCGCCAGGUAUCCGUCCUCUCUCCAUUUGGGCUCCGUGCUGCCUCCGACGGGAUUUUCCCCCUCAACAGCCGGACGCAGCCACUUCAGCCCGGCUUACCAGCUCGGCCAGAGCCCCGGCUGCACUCUCUACCCACCGUACACCGGCUCCGGGACCGCUCUCGGUAGCAUGGCCCUCCCCAGUACCGGCCCCGGGAUGAGGGCCCAAGUCUACCUCUGCAACCGGCCGCUGUGGCUCAAGUUCCACCGGCACCAGACCGAGAUGAUCAUCACCAAGCAGGGCAGACGGAUGUUCCCUUUCCUCAGCUUUAACAUCGCUGGUCUCAGUGUCACUGCGCACUACAACGUGUUCGUGGAGGUGGUUCUGGCGGACCCAAACCACUGGAGGUUCCAGGGAGGAAAGUGGGUCACCUGUGGGAAGGCGGACAACAGCAGCCAAGGAAACAAAGUCUACAUCCAUCCAGAGUCUCCAAACACAGGAGCCCACUGGAUGAGACAAGAAAUCUCCUUCAGCAAACUGAAGCUCACCAACAACAAAGGAACCAGUCACAACACUUCCCAGAUGAUAGUUCUACAGUCUCUGCAUAAGUACCAGCCCAGGCUGCACAUCGUGGAGGUGACGGAGGACGGAGUGGAGGACAUCAACAGUGAAGUUAAGACUCAGUGCUUCACUUUUCCAGAGACCCAGUUCAUAGCGGUCACAGCCUACCAGAACACUGACAUCACACAGCUGAAAAUCGAUCACAACCCUUUUGCCAAAGGAUUCAGAGAUAAUUACGAUUCGAUGUACACGGCCCCAGAGAGUGACCGCCUCACCCCGUCCCCCACCGACUCCUCCCGUGCCCACCAGAUCGUCCCCGGCACCCGCUACACGAUGCAGCCCCUCUUCCAGGACCAGUUCGUCAACAACCUUCCCCAGAACCGCUUCUACAACAGCGAGAGAGCGGUGCCGCAGACCAACAGCCUGCUCUCGUCUCAGACUGAAGAUGGAGCUUCACAGAGGUGGUUUGUCACCUCCAUGCAGCAGGGGGGAAACAGCACCAGCAACAAGCUUGAUCUGACACCAUAUGAGGGAGAAUAUUCGAGCUCCCUGCUUCCUUACGGUAUCAAAUCGCUGUCCAUGCAAACAUCUCAUGCUCUCAGCUACUACCCAGACUCUCCUUUCACUACCAUGUCUGCAGGGUGGGGGUCCAGAGCAGCGUAUCAGAGGAAGGUGACUCCCAGUCUGCCGUGGUCUCCCAGGCCCAGCCCCACUGGUGCUUUCCCAGAAGACUCAGGCAAAGUUAAACCCCAGGUAGAAGAGGAGGUGAACGGCAGCGGAGCCCUGAUCGCCUCUUGGACAGAGACACAGUCAGCAGCUCUUUCCUUAGACAAGGCUGACUCCUAUUCUUUAGCCUGCAAGCGGAGGCGUUUGCCUCUUAAUGGUCCGAGCACAGAGGACUCACAAAGCAGCACCAAGUGCGAGGACUUGGCCUCAGCUACCACCAACAACAGCUCCUACAGCAAAGAAGCCCCUCCAUCCAAAGGCAUGGCAGCUUACUAUUCCUUUUACGCAAAUCCUUGAAUACUUUGUCUCUGAGAAAUGGGGCCUCAUUUUGUUUAUUCUUCAUCUGCCACCUUGAAUAAGACAUGUUUUUGCUUUUAUGCUAUGUGAGCACCAUUCAUUUGUUUUGGCUGCAUGUGGUGACAAAAGGAACAUCAUAAGAAACAAAUAAAAUCCAAGAGAUGUGACGCCAUCAGCAUCACUACUUUAAGAUGUUUGCUUUUUUAAAAACAUCCCUCAGUUUUGCUGGCCUGCAUUUUUUAUACAUCCCAUUUAUGUAACUGUGUUUGGAAUUUAAAAAUAACUGCCAAAGCAUUUAUUUAGUUCAUUUUUUGAAACAAUAUGUUUUGUUGUUGCAUACAUUUACCUUCACACUGAGAUUAUGUGUUUACAGAUUAUUUAUUGAAGGCCUAUUCAUAUGGAAAUGUGUGCACUCUUAAAUGUGACAAGAAUAAGCUGUAUAUACCUUCAUUGCGAAGUUCAGAUAUUUGAUAAUAAAAAGGCAUAUGUGUUCUACUGUG